UGAUUCAGAAUCUACUGGUCAGUACAGUCUAUGAACCCAUUGGUUAAGAAAGUGCCACCACAGUCUUUGCACCGAGUAAAUUGAUCGUACUCAUAGUUUAACAGUUCAAUGAAAUUUAAUUCUAAGUGAUAGUUUUAAGCCGGUUUCAAGAAAGAACGUUACUAUACACAUUCUUUUAGUUUAGUGAGUUUACUUAAUUUUAAAAACUCUAUUUUUAAAUAAAAAUCAAACGUGUGAUAUAAUAAACCUAAUCAAAAAUGGUUAAAAUUCCAUUAUUCUGCUUCCUGAGUCUUUGGGCUUGUGUAUCUGCUCAACGCAUAACAACGAUCCACUUAGAUGGGGUGCAAUACUUCAUUAGCCGCAUGAACCCAUACUCCCCUGAACUAAACUACUUCCUCGCAUACCAGUAUUGUCGCUCAUUGGGUCUACAAUUGGCAUCUUUUGAAACAAAAGAAAAAGCUCAAUCUAUGACAACGUAUCUAAGAAAUGCUGGUUACGGAAACUACGAUUUUUGGACUUCAGGAAAUAGACUAGGCACUGGCAUGUUCUUGUGGAUGAGUACAGGUCUUCCAUUCAAUGCAACAUUUGACUUUUUUGAAAAUUCCGCCGACGGAAUUCAAGCUGGCUUAUUGGAUCCCGUUGACCACAAUAGUAAUACAUCACCACAAAGGACGGCUCGCGAUAGCAGUAGCGGUUCUGAAAAAGGAUGUGUCAUUUUGAAACAACCAACAUUAAAAUGGAUGCCAGAAGACUGCUCAACCGUUAAGGACUUUAUUUGCGAACAGACAAGAUGUUAUUAUUACAACUAUGGGAGCAUUCCAGUUUCAUCUGCACAGGGACGUCCUAUAAGAUUAACAACAUCGCGACCACCAUUGGAAUUAUUUACUCCAACCACAGCAAAUCCAAUUAGUUUUUCCACCUAUAUGUCAGUUAGAAAAGCUCAAAAAGAACUGUCUGAGCCUUCAUUGGCAUCUCUGAAAUUAGAUCACGAACGUGCCUUAGAGUCAGAAGAGUCUCAUGAGAUUGAAGAUGAAGAACAUGCACGCAGCUUUGAAGAUGAUAAGGAUAACAUUUCAAAUGAAAAUAUAUCCAAAACAAUUUCACCUAAUAACAAAAAUGAAAAUCCUGAAAACGUUACAAGUGAAACUGAAAAUGAAAAUGAAAAUCUUUCUGAAAUAAAAGACGAUCAAAUAGAUUCAGAUCAGGCAGACACAGAACAUUUAAUUAAAGAGUCUUCUUCAACCACAGAAAACAUAAAUGAACUGCUUGAGCUGCACCUUGAAAAAAUAUCAGAUGAAGUUGAAAAGCGCGCUAGCGCGGAAAACAACAAUCGUUACAAUAACGACGAUAAUGAUAACAUUGAAAGACAGAGCUUUUUAUCUCUCACCGAUUUAAUUCGAACUUUGCAUCCAAAUGAAAAACAAGUUCCCCAAAUCGAUUCGGAUUAUUCGAAUGCCAUGCGAGUACUUGGUGAGAAUUCACCUCUAGUUGGUAGUAACGUCGAGGAUACGCACAAUCCCAUGGAUUCAUCUAUGGAGUCAAUAAUACAUCGUCAGUUGAAGUCCAAUGCAUACUAAAUAUGAAGAACUUUGUAUUAAAAUGCGUUUCAGCCUAAAACAGAUAUUUUUUUUUGUAUUUUUAAUAUACUUACACUAGUUUUUGAAACGAAAUAAAACGACACAAUUUGUAUAUAUAAAUAAUUCAGUAACUGCUUAAAGUCUAGAUUGCACUUAUUUUCAACAACGGCCUCAUACUUUUAUAUCUUGUUUAUUGCUACUCAACCUACUGAUAACGAAAUAAAGUCAAAUAGUUUUAAAAAGCAUCGAGUAACAGACAAAAAUAAUACGGAUAUCCCUUAACCAUAAUUUUUAAUGUUUGUUAUGUUUUAAAAUUGAUUUUUAUUUUGUAACUCUAGGAUUAAUUUGACAAACCUCUUGACAAAACGAUAACUAUGUUUUUUCUGUACUUAAAAACGAACUAAAGAAGUUUCUCUUAAUUUUUACACAAUUAAAAUUCAAAAAUAGCAAAGAAAACUAUAUCAAGUUUAAGCAAGCCACAUAACAACAAUUCCUUCCACUCACUGUACUUUUGGACUUUAAUUCUUAUUCCCAGGGAAUUAUUUAUUAUUAAUAUA